CUGCCGCCGCUCUUCUUUGCCGCGGGCGGCGGGGGUAACGAGAGGCGACGGAGUGGCUUUUGGUGUUCUGCUUGGCGGGGUCGCAGCUGGCGGCACAGUGAGGACUUGGAAACAGCUGUCGCGGGAUGAAGUCUCCACCACUCCUCGUGGCUGCUCUCGUGGCGUGCAUAAUUGUUUUGGGUUUCAAUUACUGGGUUGCAAGUUCUCGCAGCAUGGAUCUGCAGGGUCGCGUCAUGGAUCUGGAAGGCAAAGUCCGCAGGGCGGCAGCGGAGAGGGGUGCUGUGGAACAAAAAAAGAAUGAAUUCCAAGGGGAGCUAGAGAAGCAGCGACAGCAGAUUGACAAAAUCCAGUCCUUGCACAGCUUUCAGAUGGAAAAUGCGAACAGAGCACAUCAGGAAGAGAAGGCAUUGCUGAUGAGUAACAUUACAGUAAAUGAUCGACUGAUUCAGAGUCUACGAGAACACUUGAAAGAGUUGCAGUCGGAAUAUGGAAAGCUACAGCUGGAUGUUUACUGGUUUCAGAAGAACCAGACUAACCUUCAGAGGAAGUUCUCAUAUGAUCUCUCACAGUGCAUCAACCAGAUGAAAGAAUUAAAAGAACAAUGUGAAGAAAGGAUAGAUGAACUUCGAAAAAAGAAUAGUGAUGUACCACAAAUCAAACAAAACAAAGACGUCAAAGAAGAUAGACGGGUUGAUACUCAACUGCCAGCCUUGAAGCAAGCAGGGUUCAAGCAGGAUGACUUGGAGCAGCAGAAAACCAAUGAAAAUAUUCCUAAAGCAGUACCUACAGUAAGAAAGACAGACCUGAUGCAGGUUAAAGAAAGAACAGACAGCCUAACUGACAUGAGAAAACAGGAGCCUAAGGCAGAAGAGGAGCAGCUUUCUAAUCAGUUGGAAAAACCUCAAGAGUUGCUCAAGGCUGCUGCAGGUCACAAGGAGAUGCUGCCUGUGUCAGAGAAGGAACCAAGUCCACCUGAGAAUGAGAAACAUGUAGCUGGGCAAGAUAUGUCAGAGCCAGCUGCAGAGCAGGCUGCCAGUGAGGAAGUUGAGCGGGAACAGUUCCUAAGUUAUGAUGAUAAGCAGGAUGACUUGCUCCCUGGAAAGGCUGACAAACAGGAACGUGAAGAAGUGAACCAGGACAAGGAUGUCGAUUACAAUUUAGAUGUAAAUGAAGCUGAGUCAGAAACUGACAAGCAAGCAGCACUUGCUGGGAUUGAAAAUGUUCAAAACCAUGAAGAUAUGAAGAACCACUUACCUGACAUUGGUGAAGGGCUGCAGAAGUUGUGAACAAAGGAAGUUCAUGAUACAACUGAGUCACCUCUUCACCUAAAUACAGCCAUGAUCCAAGCAAACUGAUCUCAGAAGGUUUUGAUUAUCUCCUAAAGGCUUGACUAAGGGCCCAAACAAAGUAGUAUUUUCUUGUGAAGUUUUAGUCCUGUUGCAGUGAGGAAAAGAGGUAUAUCUCUGGAGGCUUGUUUCAAAGCAGUUUGGCCUCUGCAAUGACUUUCUCCUUCCUAUCAAUUAUAAAAUUGCAAUCAGGUAGUAAUAAAGUUAGUAACUUUGAAGUUGGCUACCUUGUAUAGUCAUACUGUGGUAAGCGUAUGUGUGGAUUAGUGGUAGUUGAUGAGCAGUCCUCUGCCAAGGAUGGAUCUCUCUGCUGAUAAAGCACAACUGUAGUCCUCAGAUACUAUGCAGAAUGAUAUAUGUACCUGGGAGAUGUGUUCUUAGCUUCAAAGUUUAAAAGAAACCCAAAUAGGAUUCUGACAAUCGAAGCUUCUUGCUAAGAGAUUAGCCAGGAAGAUUUUUCUGAAAGCUUUGUUUGAUUCUACACGGUCAGUACUAUAAUUUGGUUUGGUUACCACUACUGGGCACAAGUUUAGCGUAAAAAUUCAAACUCACAAACUUCAUGACAGAAGCCCUCUCAAAUGUGUACUGCAACUACGCUUUAUUCCACCCAGCUGCUUUCUUUUGUGGAAAUAGAGGAAUGCAAAUGCUUGCCUUGUACAACAGCAAUCUCAGCUGUUCAACAUGACUAAUCUUCUCUGCUGGACUUCUGACAGAGGUAACCAGACUAUGCCUGCAGAAGACAAGGCAGUCUUCCAGAGGUAAGGCUUUAGUUGUUGUGAAGUUGUAUGUUAAUUACAAUGUAUCAUCUUGUUAAUGUUCCGCAGUCUGUUAAAUGUAAACUAAAAUGUAAACUAAAAACUAUUUUACUAUUUUACAUCCUUAACUGCAGUCUAACCACCAUGUAUAGGCAGCUGGUUUGAAGAAAUUUUUAUAUUUGUGUCUGCUCCCAAGACUGACACCUGUGUUUGGAGCAUUGUUUGUGAGUAUGAAGCAACCUCUAUGAAGACAGCACAGCUCCCAGACAGCUGUGACUAACUUGCCAACCAGCAUUCCAUUUAAGAAAACAUAAAUUUGUCUUUGCCUUCCGUUAAAGCACUUCACUUUGUAACUCCUUUUUUGGUGUGUCGUUCUUCAGUGUACUAGUAUAUCCUGUACCUUAAGAUUAAGGCUGGCUUUUUUGUGUAUGAAGAGAGUAUUAGUUGUCAUCAAGUGAAGGUCAGAGUUAAGUCAAAAGAUGCCUGUUAAGCCUAAACACAGAAACAGUUCACUAACAGUUUUUCACCAUUUAAGUAAGACCUAACUGGUCUGGACUACUACAGUCAACACAGCAGGGAAAACAUGCUUGUAAAUGAGAGAGAAGAGGAAUGAGCAUCUGUUCUGACAAGUAUUGGGAAGUAUAUCUGGUUACUGGGAUAUUUUUUGCAAAUAACGACAUGUUUGAACAUCAAAGUGUUUACCCAUAAUUUGCAUAAAAAUAUUUACCCAUCUUCUGACCAUUUUCCUAGGAUUUAAUGUGUAAACAAUUAUGCAGCUGAGAUUUAAGUUGAUCAGGAAUUUAAUAUUGAUUGUUAAAAAGCAUAUAUUCUAACAGUAAAAAAUAGACAGUGAAACACCAAAAUCAAGUUGUAUGAAUAGCUUUACCAGUACCAAGUUAAAAAUUCCAAAGAAUCAAACACUUAAGGGUAAUUAAUAUAUUGCCAGAGGAUUAUUUUAAAACUAAUUGUUUUGGCUGUGCUUCUGUACAUUUUUGGGCUUCUCCUAGCCAACUGGAUGUUGUCCUUCAUAAAUAUGACCACCUCUGUACAAAGCACACUUGUAAACCUCUGAGGGCAAAGGGUCCGACAACAUGCAUAAGAGCAGUGUUCAAAAUCAAGGACUACAGUUUUUUCACAAUGACUUCAAGUGCUUCAAUCUAACUCGGGUGGUAGAUUUCUAGUAGGCAAGAGGCCCGUAUGUCUGUUGUACAGAACUUUAGAAUUAAAAGACCUGCAGCUGAACAAGAGAUUAAUUUGGAACUGUGGUGUACAUAGUGUUGUCUCUCACUAAAGUUUUUAGUUCUACUGUUCUCUAAGCAUCUUGGUGUUUUAUUAGCACUUUGGUUUGGUUUUCUUUACUUUACAAUUAAACUUGAUCCAUUUAGGUAAGCAUUUAAAAGUAAUCUUUUCUGGUGUACUGAUGUUAUUUUGUACAAUUCAUCUAGUUCUAAUUGUAAUUAGAAGGGGAAAUAUUAUUAUUGCUAUUUUCUUGGUUCCACAAAUCACAUGUAAUUUGCUUUCUCUUUCACUCUGGAGAAAUAACAAAGGCUGUCCUUCAGCUACUGUCAUAUAAAUCAGAAUCUUUAAGAUGGGGAAGAUUUUGUGACUGUUUACAAGAAGCCAGAUGAAUGUUCUGUGCCAUUUUACCUCUGCAUAUUCUAGGUUUUUUAUUCCUUUGGCAGCUAUAUGGAAGCAUUCAAGUGUAUUAAUCAUGAUGAUAAGCAAACAUGUAAUGUGAUAUGCUAUCUCUUUAGCAGAGAAUUUGGA